AUGAAGCUCUUUGUCGCUGCUUUUUCAGCUGUUUCAGCAAACAUUGGAUGCAGCAUCUACCCGAGGGGCGACAUCGUUGGAACUUACGACCCAAAGACGCAGAAAUAUGAUCAAUUUUCUGACAUUUACCAGUACCAACCGCUCAACUUCAAAAAAUGUACAAAUCCAAUGGAAAACGAUCGCUUUGCGGAAGGCACCACUUGCGAGCAGAUCUCUUGCUACGGCAAAAACUCGCAUACUUCAGAAUCCAAUGCAAUUUGCUCCUGCGAUUCUUCUGGCCUGAACUGCAACUGGGUGAAACAAGAAAAUCGCGCUGUUUCCGCCAUCCCGAAAUGCCCACGAGGCUGCCAAGGAAAUGACAUCUUUGACUUGUACAGGUGCAGAAAGAACUACAUGUGGGGCGACAACAAAUACAUGGACAACGAUGGGCACGAAUACUUCUACCCUGGAGAGCGAUGCAAGAAGGUCACAUGCAGCGGUGCUCGUCAGCCAAAACAAAUGCAAGGAGCCGCCCUCGCCGCCUGGAAAGCCAAGUCCCCAUCGUUCUACGAGUGCAUGUGCGACGGCGACCACUGCCGCUGGUCUGGGUUAAACGACGAUGUCGUGGAAGGAACUGCCUUCAACUAUGGAGUAGACCUGACCUGUGCCGAGUGGACUGCCUGGGAAAAUGUCGGAGAAUGCGUUUUCGGAAAGCAAGUUCGAGUUCGAGAUUGCUUGGUUGACGAGACAUUUUACGAAGCAAAGACCGGACCAGAAGCAGAUGGACGAAGAGGAAUCCCCGGCUACGAUUGCCCCGGCGAAGCAAAAGACAAGAUCGCCUGUUAA